UGUCAUAUUUAAUUGUCGUUGUUUUAUUUUUCGUAGCGAAGUGCAAAUCGUAACAAUAAUAAAAAUAAAAGUAACUUUACGCACCAAUAAAUAAAAUUUAUAAGUAUUUAAAAGUGUUCAGUAUAUCUCAAUACCCGCGAUUUUUAGUUUGUUAUCAUAAAUAAAGUGUUUCUCGCCCUAGAGGCGAGUUUUUAGACAGCGCAUACAACCGAUGAACUUAUGAUAUCUAUAAUGCUGUCGCGGUUUCACCACUACCAUGGCUCGAAUAUUAUUCUAUUUGAAGAUAAUACAGUUGCCUAUCGAAAAGCAAGUUUCGCGGAUGGUUUAACUUUUAGUGAGAAACCGUUACUUCCAGGUGAAAUAUUUUUAGUUGAAAUCGAGAAAACAGAACGCGGAUGGAGUGGUCAUAUGCGCUUAGGUUUAACAUUACUCGACCCCCAAAGUACUGCAUUAGGAGAGAAAGGUUUGCCGCAAUAUGCUCUUCCUGACCUUGCCAACACGGGUAUGUCGUGGAUAUUUCCUAUAUCAAAGUCACAAAAUAAUGUACUUAUAGAACUUAUUAAUCAAGGUACUAGUGGGCGACGAGAUAACGAACCCCGAGUAUCUGUAUUAGGGGAUGCCCACAAUGUACACACUCCUCGUGGCUAUGUAUCAAAGACUACUUUAAGACCACAGACUGUAUCAAAAAAUGGUACUCCCCAAGGCAUCUUACCUAUGGAUGCUGGAAGUCGUAUAGGAGUUAUGUUUGUUCCAUGCCCUAAAAAGAGUAAGGACGAACCUGAUUUAGCUGAAAUGCAUUUUAUUAUAAAUGGAGAAGAACAAGGUCCAUGCACAAAAGCAAUACCUUACACUAGGGGUCCCUUACAUGCUGUAGUCGAUGUUUAUGGAACAACAAAACAAGUACGAAUUAUACAGCUAUAUGGAGUGAAAACAUUACAAAAUGUCUGUAGAGACGCUAUUCUACAAUUUGUGAAGGAUGGUUCAGUGAAGUCAUUGCCCCUUCCCCAGUGUUUAAAGGAUUUUUUGCUCUCAUAGAAGUGGCCAUUUUCAUUGGUAGUGACAAUACAGCUCUUGGGAAUAUAUUAUUUGCUUUGCAAGUUUUGGGUAGAACAUUCCUGGCUUUGAUAUGUAAAGCCUUUAUUAAUUUAAUGUUUAUUUUGUGUAUUAUAUGAAAUAGCAAGUGGUUUAGAAUUAUAAAACAUAGAAUAAUUAUAUUUGAUGAAAUUGAAGUUUCUGUACUAUUUUGGAGAAGAAUUAGAGCUUGUUCAUAGUUCUGUAAUAGAGUCAGUCUCUCUCACUUAUACAUAUUACAGGUUAGUUUGCACUUUACAGAUAAAUUAAAUUAAUCACCGUUUCCUUUAAUUACAAAAACCUAAUGUGUUUCAAUAAAGUAAAAGGAUUUUACUAAAAAUGUAUACAUAGGAUGCAUGUAGCAAUGUGCCUGUAGAUUGCCUAAGCCUACCUUAUAUUUUUUAAAAGUAUUUUACACAUGUUAUAGAUUAAUACUAUUAAAUAUAUUAUACAGAUAAAUGUUUAUUAAAAACUGUUGUUCAUACUACAAACAAACAAACACCAAACACAAAAAAAAUAGUUCUAAUUCUUCUCAAUGGCAAAAAUAGAAUGAUUCUGAGUCAUUUUAAUAAAUUUAUAAAACUUUCAUAAUAAACCUUAGUUCUAUGUACUUCAUAUUAUUUUGAAUACUUUUUAAAGCAGUGGAUCUGAACAAUUUUCUAAACUAUGAAUAAAUUAAGAAUCGUGUAUAGUGCCUACAAAUUUUGCAUCUUUAUCAUGCUCAUUAAAUUUUGUUUUUGUAAAAUAAAAGUUAAAAAGUUU